AUGUACGACCCGAUUGCCACCACUGCAACAAAUUCAAAAGGCUAUAGCCAUUCCUGACGAUGGGAUGGCGAGGCAUGCCUGCGUUUCCAAACACCUCCCGCUCGUCUGCGACCUCUCCCUCUCCAACUCCACAUUCUUUUCCGAACUCCUGCAAUCCUCCAUCCAUUCCAAAUCCCUCAGAGGCGCUCGCCGCGUCCAUGCCCGCCUCCUGAAGACGCGCUUCUCCUCCGAGACCUUCAUCCAGAAUCGGCUAAUCGAUGCCUAUGCUAAAUGUGGCUGCUUGGCCGAUGCGCGGAAGUUGUUCGACAGGAUGACCCACAGAAAUACAUUCACUUUCAAUAGCUUAAUUGGUGCAUUCAUGAAAUCAGGCUAUUCUGAUGAAGCGAAGCAGCUCUUCUUGUCGAUUCCUGAGUCUGACCAGUGCUCUUGGAGCUCAAUGGUUUCGGGCUUUGCCCAGCAUGGUCGGUUCGAAGAGGCCCUGGAUUUUUUUGUUGCCAUGCAUGCUGAGGACUUUGUGCUUAAUGCACACUCAUUCUCUAGCGCUCUCAGUGCUUGUGCGGGGCUUAUGGACUCGAGAAUUGGCGUCCAAAUUCAUGCUCUGAUCUCAAAAUCCCGACUUGCUUAUGAUGUAUAUAUGGGCAGUGCUCUCGUGGAUAUGUACUCAAAGUGUAGGAGACCCUUGGAUGCACACAGAGUUUUCGAGGGGAUGCCGGAGAGAAAUGUGGUUUCGUGGAACAGCCUGAUCACGUGUUAUGAGCAGAAUGGUCCGGUGAAUGAAGCUUUGUUGCUGUUUGUGGAAAUGAUGGACACUGGAGUGGAGCCCGACGAGGUGACGCUUGCAAGUGUGGUUAGCGCAUGUGCAAGCAUGAUGGCUCUCAGAGAAGGCAUGCAAAUCCAUGCACGAGCAAUCAAGUUUGAUAAAUUCAGAGAUGAUCUGGUGUUGGGCAAUGCUUUGGUGGAUAUGUAUGCAAAAUGUAGAAGAAUUCGAGAGGCAAGGAUCAUUUUUGAUCGCAUGCCUAUCAGAAGCAUAGUCUCAGAGACAUCUAUGAUUAGUGGUUAUGCAAAAUCUGCAAGUGUCAAAGAUGCUAGACUAAUGUUUUUGAGGAUGACUGAAAAGAAUAUUGUAGCUUGGAAUGCACUCGUUGCAGGGUACACACAAAAUGGGGAAGAUGAGGAGGCGCUUAGACUGUUUCUCCAGCUAAAGAGAGAAUCUGUUUGGCCAACCCACUACACAUUUGGAAACCUCCUUAAUGCAUGUGCCAACCUUGCAGAUCUUAGUCUUGGUCAACAAGCGCAAGCACAUGUUUUGAAACAUGGGUUCCGGUUUGAGGCAGGGCCGGAGUCUGAUAUUUUUGUAGGAAACUCACUUGUUGACAUGUACCUUAAAUGUGGUUCCAUUGAUGAUGGGGGUAAAGUAUUUGAAAAGAUGGCUGGAAGGGAUAGGGUGUCUUGGAAUGCCAUGAUUGUUGGGUAUGCACAGAAUGGGCGUGGUGAAGAAGCCCUAAAUCUCUUCAGGAGAAUGCUGUUGUCUGGGGAGACUCCUGAUCAUGUAACGAUGAUCGGAGUCCUGUCUGCUUGCAGUCAUGGAGGACUGGUGGAAGAGGGUCGUCAGUAUUUCCGAUCCAUGACCGAGGAGCAUGGUUUAGUUCCGUCCAGAGAUCACUAUACGUGCAUGGUUGAUCUUCUUGGCCGUGCUGGUUAUUUUAAUGAAGUAGAGAAAUUGAUAAAGGAGAUGCCAAUAGUAGCUGAUUCUAUUCUUUGGGGUUCUUUGCUUGCUGCAUGUAGGUUGCAUCGUAAUGUGGAGAUGGGGGAAUGGGCAGCAGAGAGGCUCUUUGAGCUUGAUUCUGAGAAUUCUGGGCCAUAUGUACUUCUCUCAAACAUGUAUGCUGAAUUGGGAAGAUGGGCAGAUGUUGUGAGAAUGAGGAGUCUAAUGAAGGAGAGAGGUGUGGUUAAGCAGCCAGGAUGCAGCUGGAUUGAGAUAGGAAGGAAGGUGCAUGUAUUUAUGGUAAGAGAUAAAAAUCACCCAUGUAAGAAGGAGAUUUAUAAAAUCUUGAGAAUUCUCAAAAUAGAAAUGCAUAGAAUUGGUACAGAUGUUGGUGUUGCGGUGCCUGAGAAAAUGGUUUUCUCAUUAGCUUGAAGCUGAUGAUCAGUGAGCUCUGAAACAAAAUGGGUAAUGGAUGGAUGGUCGCCUAAAGCGUACAAAAAAUAGUCUAUACUUAGUUUUUCAAGUAAUAAAAGGCAAUUUGUAUUAUCCUGGUUCAAUGUGACUCAUGCUUCAUUCUAAGCAAACCCAGGUAUUUGGGGUUUAGAUUUUCUUAACCACAUCUCUUAAAGCUACUAUAACAAGAGACUUAGAGCAAGAUUCAAAACCAUAGUGUGGCUAAUAUGAUCCUUCAGUGGGCACAUCUUAACCCAACACUUCCAGGGCCUUUCAAAUAAGUCUUGAGGUCAGCUUUUGAUUUUUCGAUUCAUAAGUGCAUGAAGAAGACUCCUAGAGAGCUACUUAAGAAAGCAAAUUCAGGUUACUUUGUUUUCCAGUAUCAUGUACCAUGAUGGCAGGGUGAAAGAAGGGAUUGGGAUACUUUGGAGAGGUUCCAAUUUAGGUUGUUGAACUAGUGAUCUUGAUGGAUUUGGUUCAGAUUAUUUUCCGAGUCUCAACUUCUCAGGCAUCUGGUUUGUGCAUUAGUUGAACAUCAUUGUUUCCAGAAAUUGUCAGACACAUGACAAUUGGCAAGUCCUAAAUAUUGGAUAUGUGAUGCUUUUGUCAUGUCGGAGGCCAGGUUAGUCAAGCUAUCAACACAACCAAGGUAUUUGCUUGCUGUCAAAAGUUGGGUGCCAAUGUUGAGCAUUCAGGAGCUUGAUUUGGGUGGCUCUCUAACUUACCUUCUCAAGGAAAUUGAGAGAGAGCUUACAGCAUGGGAAGUUUUCAAUAGUUUUAAAAAAAGGGAACUGAUAGACUGGAUAAAUCACAAAACAAAACUCCUAGGAAGAUUUGAACUUCAUAUACUCAUUGUACGUCAUUGCUGGUUUCCCAUAGAUGGAGAUUCUUAUGCCUAGCAAGUAGUAGAAUUUGAGGUUUAUUAUCUUGGAAGCUACAAGCAAUGGGUAAGUUGUUGUUUUUUAAUGUUUACAUUUUUUCCUUUUAUGUAAAUACUUCAAUUUGAUUUA